AUGGACGGCCUAGAGCAAACCUCAACGUCUCAGAUCGUCGCUCUCGGCUGCAGCAUUCUCGCCUGUUUCGCAAGCACCAUUUUCUUCAUCCCUAGAAAUGCAAUACUCGGCAGACUCGGUGCAGCGGUGGCUCUGAGCUGUCUGCAGCACUCCUUGUACACGUCCCUUUUGACAUCGUCCUUGCCUCCAGCCCAAAUAGCAGGCAUAUCUCUGUUCAGCUGGGGACUCUACGCCAAUGCCACCGAGCAGAUUCUUCUAUCGCGCUACGAUGCCGAUGACGUCCUCACGGUGAAGGAAAGACAGUCUGACCGCCAUUUAAGCACUGUCGCCCAUUUCCUUCGUGCUGUGAGCAUGUACUUUAACCUACGGCGUGUUGGCUUGCGAGGGGAGGUUUCGAUGAAGCACCGAGUCCCGACAAAUUCUGUGAGGUUUAUUACAACGAGACUUGUCCAAUGUAUUUGCUGUUAUCUUGUCUUGGAUGCUAUCUUUCUCGCGCCGCGUCCGGAGAAGCACUUGAUCACGAGAGAAAAGCAGUCAUUGUUCAACCUAACGAGCCUAACUCGGGAAGACAUAAUCUUUCGCUUUGCUAGUUCCCUUGGGAAUUGGGUCAUUGGCUAUGUGUCGGUACGAUUGGCCCAUAAUUUUGUGGCUGCGGUAUCUGUUGUACUUGGUGUGUGCAAGCCAGAGGAUUGGCCGCAUCUCAACGGGCCAAUAAGUUCAUGGUCCACUGUCCGAACGUUCUGGGGAACAUUUUGGCAUCGGCUUUUCCGCAAGGCUCUAGCUGGCUGGGGAGACUUCAUUCCAGAUAAAGUUCUCAAGCUCCGUCGCGGGACGCUGCUGUCACGAUAUUUACGCCUGACAUUAGCAUUCUUCGCUUCGGGACUUAUGCACCGCUGCGUUCAUUACUUCUACCGUCUUGAGUCCGGAGAGCGGUAUGAAAUGGAGACAUAUUUCCUUCUACAACCGCUGGCUAUCAUGUUUGAGGACGCGGUGCAAGCUGCAGCCGUGGAUAUUCCCCUCCCAAGGCCAUUACGCUGGAUAAUUGGGUUUGCCUGGUUCUGCAUAUUCACCACAUGGGUGUCGCCGUCAUUCCUUUAUCCCACUAUGCGAGUAGCAGAUCCAGGGCAGUUGCUUCCAUUUUCAGUCAUAGGUCAUCUUAUGAAACCAACACUCAGAUCAAUACAAUAUUCUCCUCAAACAGCAGUCACCACGAAUCCCUUCUACCUCAGUUUCACACUCAAGAUGGUUGCCUUCAACGCUCUUCUUACCUUCGCCGCCACCCUGGUCCCUUUGGUGACCGGUGCUGCCCUGCCCACUCAUGAAGACUCCUCCCUGACCAGGCGUCAAAACCAAGACAAGUCCUGGGACGACUAUCACCGCCAAAACGGCGCAUUCGCAAGACAAGGCCUCUGCCUCUUCUACCUCGACCCAUCUCCCCGCGAUGGCGCAUGGGCAUGCGGUGUCUACUGCAAAAACGACCGCACCAAGAUCUGCACCACCGUACACCUCAGCAAAUUCACAAACGACAUGCUAGGCGCCAACCCCGACGGUGAACGCUAUGCAAUCGGAAAAUGUCAAUGCGACACUUCAGCAGCGGAUUUCCUCGCUACAGCUACUGUUGAUUUCACGGCUAGAGGUUUUGACAAGGGGUUUAGAGAAAUUGGAAGUGUUACGUGUGAGAUCAUGGUGAAUGUUAUGAAGGAGGCUGUUUUUGCGAGCACGUAUGCUAUUCCUGGUGUUGGGCCUGUUGCUACUGCUGCUAGGACUGUUUCGAAGGGUGUGAAGUUGGCGUCUAAGACGCAGGGUGGUAAGGAUCUGUGGACGGAUGCUGUUAAGGAGUCUUGUAACUUUCGUCGGGAUGAUGACUUGCUGAACAAGGGCUUUGGGAUCUUUGAGGGAGCUCCCGAUGAGUUCUAA